AUGUCGUCUUCUACCCGCCACACUAACAGACGCCAACGUCAUUCCACUGCGUCCAACUUACCCCGGCAGAAAUCAGUCGCUCUCAUUGAUCACCUCCUUCAAGAGAAUGAAGAAUUGCGUGCUCAGACCCGAUCCUCCUCACCACAAACCAGAAAUGCAGACGCUCCAUGGCAACCUACUCCGACAUCCAACAACCAUGAAGAUGUUGCCGGGGAGUCCAUAUUGGAAGAAAUUGACUGGUUCGCCCACACCAGAACAUCUGACACCCCCAUCUGGAUUGGUGAGAUUUCCGACGCUGCAUUUGCGACUCGAUUCCGCCAAUUUGCCCUCUCGUCCCGAACACCACGUCAUAUUCCUCGCACACAGUUCGCUUCAGAUGAUACUCUACGUCUCUUGGCGACUACGAAUGCAGCCUGGCCGACGCCGACGCGCGCCAAGCUUUUGCUAUCAUAUAGUCCGACGAAACGAGGCUUUCUGCAGCAGCUAGAGCAGAAUGGCAAUCCUGCAGCAAUGGAGUUCUAUUCUCAUAUCAAGGAGAUACAGAUAACUUUAGAGACAUGGCGCUCAACCCCUCAUCAGCCGAAUGUUUCGCAAACAUCGGAAGACCAUGGCUCAGCAGAAACCUUUCAAUCAGCAAUGGUCAACCAACCAUCUGGGGUGUCUGGUUUACAAGACGUUGAGCAUGGUCUCGUGGCUACAGAGGGUUCACCACUCAACCUUUCAUUUCUGGAUGACUGGAUAUACGACAAUGCGCUUCAACAGAUCUGCUGGCAAGGAGAAUAG